CGAUUGGAAGUCGAGCGUAGAUCCCCAUUUGAACAUGUGAGAGAACACCACAUGACAAUUCGAAAAACAAUGCAAACGUGUAGGAGUAUUUUAAACACUGUUGACCAUUAUUAUCCAAUCUUGCGUUUUGAAGCUAUAGAUGAAGGUCAGGAUUCUAUGGUAGGAGGUUUACGUCUUUGUAUGAAUGGGUAGGAAAUACCUCGUUUGCAUUUCCCACACUAGUCAUCGGAUUUGUUAUAAUUUCGUGGAGGUGAACGGUCUGCUCUGUGAUAACCUCACACUUUUUGUUUUGUGUGUUUUGUGGCGGUUUUAGCACAAGUGACAUGGAUAUGGAAGCGGAGGAAGUCAUGUGGAAGACGAUUUAUAACAGGCUGCAAAGUCAAAAAUCUCAAGAUCCGACAGAACAUGAGCUAAGAAUUCAGCAGGUCGAUGGUGGCUUUUUCGAGAAGUUCGGCAAAUUGCUCCGUGAGCAUGCCGAAACAACGGAAGAUCGGGAAAGCGAAGAAAAACGAAAAGUUGAAGAAAUCGCAGAAUGUCUCCGAUCUGACGAAUGUGUCAGCACUGACACCGAAUUUAUAGCUUCCUCCAGUGAUAGCGACAAUGAAGCCAAAAGUUUGUCUUCGGAUUCUGAAGUCGAGGAAAAGGACAAGACUGAUUUAAUUUCCGCUGCUUUCAACAUCGAUGAGUUGUAUGCUGAAAUUUUGUACGAAAUCUUACAUAAUGUUGGCUGUGAUGUAAGUGUUGAGAUAGGACAGACUGCCUUAAUCUCGUACGCACAAGAUGCAUUUAAAAUUCCUAAUAAUAAACAUAAUCAACUAUUGUCGGAGGCUGAAAAAAAGGAGGCUCCUGAAUUUUUGAUCAAUGUCGAGGUUAUCGAAGCCAAAGAUUUGAAACCAAAGGAUUCCAACGGGUUGAGCGAUCCGUUUGUUACUUUAUACUUAGCUAGUAAUACGUCGCAUAGGUAUAACACCUCGGUCAAGUAUGGGACUUUGGUGCCCACCUGGGAAGAACAUUUCGCAUUACCGAUCUCUGAAAAUUCCCUCGACGACACCCUCUGCAUCGAAGUGUGGGACUUCGACCCCGCCGAAUCCGUCAAGGAGAAAUUCGGUCGCUUCUUCGACGUGAAAGGCGUCAAAGGCAUGCGAAAAUUCGUGAAGGAAAUCGCCGUGGCGGCCGCCACCGGCCAACACGAGAACGAACUCAUCGGCGUGUCCAAAAUCCCCCUCAACUCAAUCCCGGCCUCGGGCCUCACCAUGUGGUACAGCCUCGACAAGAAGAACAAAGCGACGCGUCAAGGCGUCAUCAAAGUCCGAAUUUCCUUCAGUUCGGAGAAAAACCGCCAAGUCGCCGCCCAAGAACACAGACACAUGUUGCGAAUCGUCCUUUUGCACGAACUGGAGUUGUCCAAAGUGGCCCAAUUCUGGUGGUGCGGGACGUUCAGUCCCCAGGGCGAAGCCCUGCUAACCCAGCACAUAGCCCAAUCGGGGCUCACGCCACCGGAAGUGGCGCUGUGCCAAUGGGCGGUUUACACUUCCGUUCACCAAAACCACGCACUCAGUUUCAGUCUUUUCGGGAAACUGCUGGAAAAGUUGCUGAAACCGCUUCAGGGGGGGAGCAACGAUGAAGAUUUGAAGAUAUUCUGGGACGGGGCGAAGAAACUCCUCCCGUCGUGUUUUUCAGUUAUUAGAAAAAUCCGAAAGAGGGAUUUUAAGGAUAAAAUGACGAUGCAACAAUUGACCGAAGUUUUGAAAAUUUUGGGAAAUAUUAAAAUGUUGGGAAUACCGGAUGAUGUUGAUUUGUUUCCCAAUAAUAUGUAUUCGUGGGUGACGUUUAGUGAAGAAACGAAACGUGAUAUUUUGACUGUUGUUGAUGAUGCUGUUCAACAAGGAGCCGAUGAUUGGUUUAAUCAUAUUAUGGAGAAUAAUGUUCAGCAAAGUGACAGCGAUGUGGGACGUUUGCAGUAUUUGAUUCAAGCGAUUCAAUUGGUUAAAAGCGAUCUACAAAAAGCACUAGAGUUCUACGACAAGCUUUUCCAACAAACGAUAAAUUUCCAAUACGCCAAAGCUUUGUACGUCUUCUACCAAGCAAAAAUCUCAGCUCUCGCCGAGCCCGACGUCCGCAACAUUUGCAAAUCCCUCAAAAAGCUUUCCUUCACCGGAUUCACAACAAACGAAACCGAAUCAAACGAAUCGCUGAAAGAAGGCACGACCUUGUUCGAACUCUAUUUAGCUCUCCACCGAUUUGUUGCACUUGGCAAAGGUUUAUGCCAGACAGAUUCGGAUUCAUUUCAUAUUCGGAAUUUUUAUCAAUGGUUUCAUGGCGGCGUUGCUCAAUGGCUUGAUAUUGCCGUGUUUAAAGCCCUUCAGCGUAUCGAAAAAGCCGUCGAAUUGGAUAAAUUAGUGCCAGUGGACACCACGGUUAGGUAUAGUUCUUCAGCCGUCGACACGAUUUCGAUUUUCUAUCAAGUGAAAGUAUUUUGGCAACAGCUCAACUGGCCGGAUGUCGAAGGCUGCUACACGUUCAUUGCCAAAAUAAUUGAUGAUAUUUGUCGUUGUUGUGUCUUUUACGCCGAAAGAAUGUCAAUGCGAGUGGACGGAAUGGAUGUUGAAAAAGACGAGAAGAAAUUCGAAGUAACCAAUGAGUGGUGUUUGGCCAUCAACAACAUCGAAUAUGUGAGACAAUCCCUGCAACCUUUUACGGAAGAACUUGAUAUGGAAAAAGUCAUUGAAAAAUUAGGCGACUUGAAAAGUGCAAUAGAGGCAAAAAGAUGUCAAGAUACGCUAACUACGGUCAUAGCAAAUGCCAUAGAUACCGUGCGAAAUGAGAUUAUCGCCCUCCUAGAAACAGUGGUCAAAAAGAUGGUGCCAGCCAUGAAACGACUUUUAAUCGAAGGCGCAGAACUCUUCAAUCAAGAUAGCAACAGCAUUGAUAGACUCAUGCGAUACGUAGAUAACAAUUUAUCGACUUUACAUAACGAGCUUAACGAAGAGAAUUUUAACCGAGUUUUGGAAAUUGUUUGGGAUAAUUUAGACACAAUUUUGAAGGAAAUAAUUCAAUCGAAUUUGGAGAAAAGACGACCACCGUCGUUCUUUGCCAAUCUUCACAAAACCUUGAACCUCAUGCUUGGGUCAUUCAAAACUUCGAGUGAUUUCACUUGUGACGAAUUGAAGAAAACUGAAUUGAAACUGAAAGUGAAUGGGCUUGAAACCAACGACUUGAUCCAUUUAGUUCAUCUGAAUUUGUACGAGGAAUUUCGAAAUGUCAAAGAAUCGAAAUACGGAGUGUUGUCUGUGAAAGCCAAAUUCGAGAAUAAAAGUCUCAAAGUCGUUGUAAUGAACGCGAGAAAUUUAUUUGCGAUGGAUUCGAAUGGUUAUAGUGACUCAUUUGUGAGGAUACAUCUUUUACCCGAACACAAGUUUAGUGGGAUUCCCAAACCGAAAACGCAAACGCAUUACAAGAAUUUAUUUCCUUUGUAUGACGAAAACUUUGUUGUUGAGUUACCGCCUGAUUACAAGGAUGUGGAAAAUGGACUGGUGCUUUUCAGUGUCAAGGAUAAAGAUAUGUUGGGUUAUAAUAACCAAUAUAUUGGUGAGGCGUUUCUGCAUUUUAAAGACAUUGACUCGUCGAGUACUCCAAUUGAUGAUUUACCACAAAUUCAGUUAGCUUUGUCAAGACCAACUGAUUUGAAUACCGAAGCGAUCAAGGCCCUAGAAAGUCGGUUAGGUGAUAAACAAGCCAAGGAGUUUUUGAGGAAACUUAAACAAAGAAUGGGAACUUCAUAAUCUAAGACUGUAUUGAAAAAAAAAUAUAUUUGAUGCAUAUUUUUACUGUACUUAUAAUAUAUAUUGUUAUUAAUUUGUA